AUGGCCCAAGGAUCGAUGACGACAGAUAAGAAAUCCAAAUGGUAUCAUGGUAUCUGUGGAUUGGGCCCAAAUUUUGCUAUCUUCAAUACCAGUCCAGAUUGGGUCGACAAAUCACUUCCUGCCGGCAACACGCCCCAACGCCUCGCCUCCAAGAUUGAUUGGGGAUUCCUAUUGACGGGAAAAUACAUCAUUUACAGUAUCAAUCUGGUGUGGCUGAUAAUGGCAAUUGGUGUGUACUUGGUGUUCCCGUACGACUACGAGGUUUCGAAACAUUGGGAUGCAGCCUUUGGCGAAUGGAUUGCCGUUCGGGCGCUUCUGAAUGUCUCCCUGGUUCUGAUGUACUAUGGAUAUUGGCACAUGGGUUUAUAUUGGUUUGGAUGGUCCCACCGUCCAUUCAAUCCCAACCAAGCAGAAGCUUAUCGAUGGUCCAAGCUCAUCCACAAUAUCUGGUAUUCGACGUUGGGAGCCAUUCAAUGGACUUUUUGGGAGGCGAUGAUGCUGAAUUGCUAUGCCACUGGUCGAAUGCCAUAUGUUUCCGAUCAAGAACUACUGGAUUUUCCUAUGCGGGGAAUGUUACACGUGGUGGGAUGGACUAUUGCGGUGCCCUUGUACCGCGAAGUUCAGUUUUACUUUGCCCAUCGACUGAUUCAUAUUCGAGCCUUGUAUACUUACGUCCAUUCCGUUCACCAUCGAAAUACGGAUAUCGAACCAUUCAGCGGUCUUUGCAUGCACCCAGUAGAGCACUUGUACUAUUUUACUUCCAUGGCCCCGUCUCUCUACUUUUGCACAACUCCUUUUGCCUUCGUGUGGAACGGCAUUCAUCUAAUCAUUGCACCAGGGGCGAGCCACUCUGGAUACGAAGACCAUAUCGACUCGGAUCAACAUCAUUACCUGCAUCACCGAUAUUUUGAAUGUAACUACGGUACGACGAGUUUUCCACUAGACAGUCUAUUUGGUACCUUUCGGGAGAAUCUAUCUACAAAGUCCAAGGAAUAUCAUGGAAAUGCCGAUGGAGUGGGAACCAAGACGGCUGCGACACUAGACCGCAAGGCGACGCUCCUUGAUGCACCAGAAUGGGACCAGCUUAUCUUUAAUUUGAUUUUCUGUAUCUUUUCCCCCGCUCUGUUGACGCUCGCGUUGGUGAAUGGGUCACAACUUACGAGAAUGGACUGCCACGUCUUGACAUCGAUGGUGGUUCUUGGUCCAAUGGUAGGAGCGAUGCUCUUGGUCUUGCUCAAGUCAUGGACCAAGCAUUCAUCUAAAAGGCAUUCUGAGUCAAUGCUACGGAGGGCAUUCUACCCUUUUCACAAGGAUGGUAUUCCUUCAAGCAUUCUCCACAUAGUUCUGGGAGUGGCAAUGGGGGUUGUCCCAGCUUAUCAUUUGAUACACAUGACAUUGGCUCAACCCGGUCAAGGAUUCUAUUCGCAGGUACUGGAGCCAUCAUUGUCCUAG